AAAUAAGUCAUGGCUAAACAAUUAUCGGCAGUUCUAUUUGCUCGACAAAUUUACUUCGACAAGACGAUAAAAUGAGAGUUACAACGACGGCAGUGGUAAUUUGUGCUUUAGCGAUAGUUUCCGUUUCCUCUAGAAGAGUGGCCUCGAUAGACGAGCGAUGGGUGUGCAAUAUCAAGAGGUCCUGCAUGGAAUGCCUACAGUUUAGACAUUGUUCAUGGUGCCCUACCGAGAACAGAUGUUUUUCGAGCCUGUUACCAAGUCAUGAAGACUUUUGUAAGAAUUCAAAAGUAAUACACAAACAUAACGGACUUAGCUUAGAAGAAUCAGCAGAAUGUGCCUGCACGCCUCCGGAAGAGCUCAAGCAGAAUUGUCGUCCACCAGGCCAGCUGGAGGACUGCUAUGGACGCGGCACUUGCCUAUGCGGCCGCUGUAGUUGCAACUCGACUUUUGAUCAGAUUCACCCUACUAAAAUGGUAUUUGGCGAGUACUGUCAAUACGAUAACUUUUCCUGUGAUGGACCUAGGUGUAACGAAGGACCUUACUCUAUAGUCGAAGCUGAAGAGGACGAUGAUGACACUGGAGUUGUGGAUGACACGCCUACUGAUGCUGUCGAAGAUGUACACCUUACUACUUAAUCACCUACUUAUUUUUAAGUACAUACUUUUAUUUGCUUACAGGCUGAGUGGUGUGUGUGUCUGUGUGUAAGUUAGGGGUCGUUCACACUGAAACAUAAGCGGAAUAUUUUAUGGUUACGUUAGAAAUUUAUAUAGCGCUGGCGAACUUUUUUUGGAUUAUUCAUUAGGUCUAAAAUUUUCAGCUUUAUUGUUAUUUAUCUUUUUUUUACUAGAAUAAUAUAUUAAUUAGAAUGACAUAUACUCUAUAAUCUAGGUAUGCGGCAAACAUAGUUUAAAGGUGCCUCUUAGAAACAACGUUAUAUCAAUAUCCUACCUACUUCGAAUAUUUAAGAAAGUUAUUAUUGUAUCGAUGUAUAUAUCUAUAUAGUAUAUAUUUAUUUCAAAAAGCCCUUCAGGAGGCUUUGAGAGAGUUAUAAAAUUUGUGUGUUGUUUUUUUGUUGCAUAUUUAUGCUUCGAAUAACUGUUUUUUUUAUUUAAUUUCAAUGUUGAUCUUACUCAUCAUCACACAACUUUACCAAUAUUGCAAUAGAAGAACGUUCAAUAAUUAAAUAUACUGAACUUAGUUCUGGCUCGUACAUACCCCAGUUGUAAUUUUAAAAACUUAUUUUUAUUUAAAAGUCAAGAAACUCGUUGAACAGUGGGCUAUAAAGAAUGGCGAAAAGUCGUCGCUGGCGUUGGUUUUCAGAGAGCGCGCUCGAGCGAAGAAUCUGCGCCUCAAUUAGGGAAUUGAUAUGAGCGGGUCUGUCGCGGAUGGCUCAUCGGGCUCGAGUGGCUGCUCGUUAUGGUACGCGAAAUUAGAUUUCAACGAGGCUAUUUUCUUCUUCCACGACUCCAACUUUUAUUUCCUUGAGAUCUAUCGAGUCUUCGCUGCAAUCGAUGGCUGACGCUGUGUUGAGCUAAAUACGUAGGUGCUUACUAAAAUAAUCACUGGGACUGACUUAACUUUUCUUUAAUUACUUAUUGUAGGUACCUUUUAGCUUAGAUGAUCGAUGGGUAUGCAUUUGACUACUACCUACAUAAUUAUUUCCUAUUAUUCCCUAUAAAUUAUUUCCUAUAAAUUAAAUAAAUAUCUUUAAUUUUCACAAAA